GAAGAUGAGAGAGAGAGAGAAGGCGAAAUAAGUAUAAUGAGUGAAUCCAGAGAGCAGGUCGAGCACAUGACUAAAGCAAGCCUAAAACGACGAAAAAGCAAAAGCUGCUCUGCCCCUUCCUCCGCCUACUCGCCGUAGUAGUAGUUCGCAGACUUUGCCAGCCAUUGCAGGCCAGUGAAAGAAAGAUCAAUCUUCCCUUUCCCUAUACCCUCAUAGCCUAUUCCUAUUUCCUAUUGCUAUUGCUAUUCUCGUUCCCCACCUAGUACUCUACUCGUGUAUUAACAUUCUCGGCAGCUGCUAAACGCGCCGUAGCCGUUGUAGUAGUCUCGCCGAAAAAGCAUUCAAUUCCCAGAACAGAAAACUGAAAACCCCCCCAUUUAUUGCGCCUGAGAGGUGUUUGCUUAAAUUCGAAUUCCCUACUUGCCAUUAAUCGCGGCUUCUAGUGCUCUAGAGUAGACGCAGUCACACACGCAGAGGUGUGCUUGUGAUGAUAUUUUGUAACCAGGGAUGCAAAGGGUUUCAGAAUCAAAACCAGUUCCAAGACAGCCUUUAGAGGCUAAGGUGGCGCCUCUGCCCUCGCUGUUGUCUAGUGAGGGUAAAUUGAUGAGUACUCACCCAGUUUUUGAAAGACGAGAUGUGGGAAAUAAACCCGAGGCUAAAUUCAUGAGUACUCGCCCAGUUUUUGAAAGGCCUGAGGCUAAAUUGAUGAGUGCUCGCCCAGUUUUUGAAAGGCUAGAUGUGGGGAACAAGCCCAACUUGCAGGACUUUGAAGAUCUGGUCUUAACUGGACCUCCUCUACAAGCAUGGAAAGCAGGAGGGAUGAUUUGUCAUGAGACAGAAGAGGAUGUUAUGAUUGAUGUUGGCUCAUCGUUCAAGAUGAGUGCUGAUUCGUAUGAAGAUAGCAAUUCUUCAUCGUUCCAUGGGGUCAGCCACCCGGCUGAACCUGUUGAUACAGACCUGAUGAGACCGGUGUAUGUACCAAUUGGCCAGAGCAAAGGAGAUGGUGGUAAAGGCUUGGUAAAAAGCAUGUCUAGGAAGGGCGCUUUCUUAGAAGAUAUUUCAAUCAGGGUUCUUCCUACUGUAAAGCCUAGCCUAUCUGUUCUUUCACCUGCAGAGCGCUUGAUUGAAGAACCAAACGAUGUAGCUAGAAUCUCUUCUCCUUUUGCGGUUCCCAGACCAUCUCAAAAUACUGAAGCUAGUCUGCCCCAAGAUCCCGAAGAAAGGGAGUGCAUUUGGGAUGCUUCACUGCCUCCGAGUGGUAAUGUAAGUCCGCUUAGUAGCAUUGAUAGUGUCGGUGUUGCUAGAACUAUGAGCAUCGUCAAUAGCUGCACGAGCACAUAUAGAAGUGACGGGAUGCUGAGUGAUGGCAUGCUCAGUAUAGACAGGCACUUUGAGAGCACAAAGGCGAGCAUGCAAGGGGAUUCACUCGAAAGUGCAAAAACUAGCCUUAGCAGGGCAAGUAAUAGCAGCGGCCUUAGCGAUGACAGUAACUGGAGCAACAUUACAGGCACUGCCAACAAGCCUCACAAAGGGAAUGAUCCUAGAUGGAAGGCUAUACUUGCAAUUCGGUCACGGGAUGGUGUAUUAGGCAUGAGUCAUUUUAAGUUACUCAGGAGACUGGGUUGCGGUGACAUUGGCAGCGUUUAUCUCUCUGAGCUGACUGGGACCCGCUGUUACUUCGCUAUGAAAGUAAUGGACAAGGCAUCCCUCGCGAGCAGGAAGAAAUUGACCCGUGCUCAGACAGAGAGAGAAAUCCUGCAACUGUUAGAUCACCCAUUCUUGCCAACUUUGUACACUCACUUUGAGACUGAUAGAUUUUCUUGCUUAGUCAUGGAGUAUUGUCCUGGAGGGGAUCUGCAUACUUUGCGCCAACGACAACCUGGAAAACAUUUUUCUGAGUAUGCUGCAAGGUUUUAUGCGGCAGAAGUUUUACUGGCAAUUGAGUAUCUUCAUAUGUUGGGAGUUGUGUACAGAGACUUGAAACCAGAAAACGUUCUGGUCCGAGAUGAUGGCCACAUUAUGCUUUCAGAUUUUGAUCUUUCCCUAAGAUGUGCUGUUUCCCCCACACUUGUAAGGAGCUCUUUAGAUCCAUCCAAACAAGGAGCUGCCUUCUGUGUCCAGCCAGCCUGCAUUGAGCCUACAACUGUCUGCAUUCAACCAUCUUGCUUUCUCCCGCGGAUUUUCCCUCAGAAAAACAAGAAAAAGUCCCAGAAGCCCCGAAUAGAGCUUGGGCUAUCAUCUAGUACAGCGCUACCCGAACUAAUUGCAGAACCUACUUCAGCGCGGUCAAUGUCCUUUGUAGGGACACAUGAAUAUUUAGCUCCGGAAAUCAUCAAGGGAGAAGGCCAUGGCAGUGCAGUUGAUUGGUGGACAUUCGGCAUAUUCUUGCACGAAUUACUAUAUGGUAAAACUCCAUUUAAAGGCUCGGGAAACAGAGCAACUCUUUUCAAUGUAGUAGGGCAGCAGCUCAAGUUUCCAGAUUCACCCGCAACCAGUUAUGCAAGCCGGGAUCUUAUCCGUGGCCUACUUGUUAAAGAGCCACAACAUCGGCUUGGGGUAAAGAGAGGAGCCACUGAAAUUAAACAACAUCCCUUCUUUGAAGGCGUUAAUUGGGCACUUAUACGAUGCAGCACCCCACCAGAAGUACCAAGACCAGUCGAACCCGAGCUUCCCCCUGGCGUAAAGAUGGGGCAAGUUGAUCCCAUCAGUGUUGCUGCCAAUAGCAGUAAAAGGAUAGUAGGAGGGGUGGUAGGGGCAGGACCAGGACCAGGAAAAGACGUGAGACCCGAGGGUAAAUUUCUAGACUUCGAGUUCUUUUAGUAUAGGCUUGUUUUUUUCCAUCCAUUGUCUUGUCACUUUGUCUUCAACAGAUAUCCUCUGGCAUGGGUUGUUUUAUCAGUAGUGGCUUCCUAAGUUCCUAGUCCAGCUACCUUAGAUAUGAAUAGGUUCUUUUGUGAUGAGUUGAAGACAAUAUAGCUCAUGAAUUCUAUGUCUAUGUUAUUGAUGAAUAGGUCAAAUUCAUACAACCUUAACUGUGGGCAAACCACCUUAA